AUGGUUGAAAGGAGAGCCCAAGUUUCCCGCAUGAAAGAUGGUUAUUCAUGGCAUCCUUAUGAUCCCCAAGCUGCCAAGUUUAAAUCUAACCCCAAGGCAUCCAUGAUCAGCUCGUCUGUCGAACCGUCGCAUGAUACUGUCACCGUCAAGACUGAAGUUCCAUCCUUUGAGGAAACUGCUCUGGCCUGCAAAGCUCCAAGGUCUGAGAAAUUCUCUCAGCUUAUCAGCUUUUUUUCACCCCAGGGAGCUCUGAAACUCUUCCCCGUAAUUGAUUGUCAGUUCCAAAACUGCUCCGCAAGACUAACCGGACUGGACGCCUUUGCCAAACAUAUCUUCGGCCCAACCUCCGAGGGCGGGCAUGGCCUCCUGUCGGAAAUUUCAGAACCGCCUUUUAAGGUCCGCAAGGCCGGAAAGAUGCCGGCGGCCUUAUGA